AUGUUACUAUUAUUGCUGUUGCUGUUAUUGUUGUUGGGGACGCACAAAGUGGAGAAUGACAAUGAUGAUGAUAAUGAUGAUUAUAGUAAUAGUAAUAAUUGUAAUAAUAAUAAUAAUAAUUAUUAUUAUUAUGAUGAUGAUGAUGAUGAUGAUGAUGAUGAUGAUGAUGAUGAUGAUGAUGAUGAUGAUGAUGAUGAUGAUGUUGGUGAUGAUGAUGAUAAUGAUGAUGAUGAUGAUGAUGAUGGUAGACACAGUGGACUUGCUCUGAUGGGAACAACCAAUGCAGCGUUGUCUUUGCGCCGUUUCACACAAACAUCAUAUAACUUCCGAAUCAACUCAGCUCUCCCACCACCGGUACCGAUUAUAUCCCCACCGUUAACCCCAAUUUCACCUAAGUCCAGUCUCAGCAGCAAUGGUUAG